AAGAGUGGUGCAAACAGGAAGCAAGCAUAUGCCGACCGAGAUGAGUUGACAGACCGCAGGGCCAGCUACAAGAGACAAAAUAACCCACAUCAGGACUUGUCUUUGACGCAAAGAGUGCGCCAACAGGAAGCAACAAGCAUGCACGCAUUGAAGGGGGAAGUGUUGGUGUAUAUGAUUAAGCUGCUCACCCCAUCCUCCUGAGGCUCUACGUACAGCUCAUCACCGAUCCUGGAGAGAGAGUGGAUGGCUUUGGCCAGCACUGGACGGGUGUAAGAACUGGAGAGCGUUGCACCGUCUCUCCUCCCUUCACCGUUGAUAGAAAUAUCUGUUUCUGAAUGGGAGUGACUCAAAGCCACCUUCCUGUGGUGUGACCACGGACAUCAGGGGAGAAAGAGAGAGUUUGAGAAGACAGGAGAAGAAAGGAGUCAGAUAUCUGUCAAGAAGAGAGGAACUGCUGCUGAAACCUUGGAAGGAUCAUAUAAGAGCAAAACCUCCAUUCAAGCAAAGACAGAGAAGAAGCUGGGGAAUUAAAACCCUGGAGACGAACCUGUCUUCAUUUGGACUAAAUCUUUUUUUUUGCAAUGAUCAUGGAAAAAGAUUGGAAAGUUAAAAAAGAAGAAAACAACCAUCACAUGAGAAUCAGUGACAAAGGUUGGACAGUAUGGUGACGCCAUCCAUGUAAAGAUCAUGCUUCUUUCAUUUUGUCUGGAUUCUGUUUAAUCAACACUUUAACACUCAACAAAUGUCUGAGUAAUCCACCUCUGUGCCGACGACCUUAUCAUUGUGUGUACACACACCUGUCAUUCUCGUGUUCUUCUGGAUUUGAUACACAGCAGUCCUAAUCCUAAAUGUCUCAGCCACGGAAUGCUUCAGACACUCAGGCCCUGCUGCAGUCCAUGUUGCAGAAACUGAAACUCCAGCCAGGGAAAGAGGGCCAGGUGUACCUGAACACACCUGUAUCCAACCCAGCUGCUCUAACUUGGGGGCAGCACAGAGAGAAUGGAGCGUCUGACCUCCAGGGAGUUAACAGCAGUCCUGCAAAUGGAUUUGACUUCAGAACUAAUGGUCUUCCCACAAGGGAGUUUGGGAUCCCUGCGACAGAGACACAAAAAUCAGGUCAUGUAGGUGAAGUGGACAGUCAUCUCAUUUCCUUCCCCACCCAGAAAGAAAACACUGACCGUGAGACGGGUGAGCUCAGGGUGAUGGGACCAAACACAGACAUCCCAAAAGAAACAGAACAGCUGUUUCCUUCUUUUUCACUCAAGGAUGUGGGUAUCUCUUCCUCUGAGAGGACGGGUGUGGAUAAAGAUGAUGCAGUAACUACAGGUCAGAGUUUCACACCCAGAGUCUAUACAUGGUCCAUGAAGCCUGCAGAUGGAAAUAUUGACACAGGUAGUCAAGUGGACAAAGUGUUACACAUGAGAAAUGGAGAAUUUGGAUCUAAUGACCUGCAGGUCGCUUCAUCAGGGAAAACAAACAGCCUCUCCAGAAGACAACAGGGGACAACAGGGAACAAAACGAGGAGAUGGACUCAGAAGAUCAAGGCGAAAUGGAGGGACAGGCAGGGGAGUUUUGGGAAAAAGGGGAAAGAAGAAGAAGGGGGAAAUAACCAGAAGAGGGAGCAAGGAAAUGGACUGAUGACAGCAGAAACUCUCAUCAACACGUCAAACACAGGGGAAGGAAGGAUGCCCCCUUCACUAGACAGCUUUAAUCCCAGUGAAACUCCUCCAGCACACACAGAGGAUGGCAACAAUGAAGGCUAUACAAGGUCUGCUGGCGACUUUGAGUUUGGCUUGGGCUCGUUCAGUUUACUGGAGGAGAUCGUCACAGGUCAAGAGUGGGCAAAGUUUUUAAACCCAAACCUGCCAACCCCCUCAACCAAUCAGAGGCCAUCAGAGGAACUCCUGAUCCCACAAAAUCCUCUUGACACGGUGAACUUGAAACAACAUGGAGCAGGGAGCAACCAGUGGAGCUUUGUGGGCACUGAGGCAACACCUGGUUCAGAUGUGAGCAUGACACAGACAUUACCAGAUGUUUUCCUGCCUGUCAGCAUGGACGUUUCAGGAGGGAGGCAACAGCAGGAUGUUCACAGGGAAACUGGUCAGCCAGAACCGAUGGAGCAUGUAAAUAACCAAUCAGACAUGCAGUCAGAAGAGAGUGGGCAGCAACAAAGACCCACCUCAUUUCUAAGGCCUUUAGAUCUUUUGGACAACUCUGCAUUAAAAAGCAGAGUCCAGCUCAACAGGAAGAGGCAGCAUCAGUCAGCUGGGAGGAGAGACUACAGGCUUCGGACAGAGGAGACAAGUGCCGGAGAAGCAACAGACAGAGAAGAAAGCUCCAUGACUGUAAACAGUGAGAUGACAAAGGAGACAGGAGAGGCGUCACAACAUGACGCCCUGCCUUUAUACAUCCUUAACUCCUCGCAGCCUUUGUCUCCUUCUUCUUCUGUUCCACCCAAGGGCGUUCUCAAACACUCCAUAUCCCGGGAUUCAGAGUCCUCAAUGGAAGUGGAGACAAAAAGGAGGCGCGUUGAGGGGAACCGACAUGUUCACUUCUCAGAGGAGGUGCUGACCAUCCCGCUUCCAGAGAUGGAUCUGGAUGUUUCAGACUCAGAGGAGGAAGACUCAGGAGCAGAGGAUGACUCUGUGAUCGAUCAGGAGUAUGAGGUGGAGCCAGCAGUUAUGGAGGAGGUAGCUCCAGCACGCCGGCCAGCUCUGCCUGCCUGGAUCCGGGCUCUGAAGAGGAAGAACACUGGGAGGAAGCACAGAUAGUCAAAGUGCAAACAUGGUUUGUCUUGAAGACUUUCUCAUCUGUGCUGAAGAUGUUUUGGAAAGAGAUAAAUCAGGCAGCAAGUAUCACAGUAAUUCAACCCUGGAAAACAUCAGUCACUGCAUCACAACCCCAGCUUUUGUGGAUUCAGGACUUCAGGAACAACUUCAGCAUUUACAAGGAGAGUUUUGUGUCUGCAGUGCGCACCGACUGCUGCUGACUUGUUUUCACUUUAAAUAGUUGAAGCAUAACUGUACGUUAUUGCAUUCUCUGGACUGCCACUGUGUUGGGAUAACCUUGUGCCUUUAAAACUAACACCAUGUACUGCUGCUGCGUUGUGUUGGGGACAUUUUUAAAAGAUGCACACCAGACUUUUCCAGCAACUAGGUGCCAAAGUUGACCACAAGUUUAAUGGUGUACAAUUAUAAAUGUAAUAUUUAAACAUCAAAUUUUAUUUUCAUGGAGGAUUUUUUACACUUUCUAGUCAUUAAGUCCAUGCUGUAUAGACUGGAUAAUUUACUGCCAGUGUUACAUUACUUGUAUAAGUGUUUAACAGACGUUGUUGCUGGUGUGAAUAUCCUUCAAGUAGCUGUUUCAGCUUUUAUCAGAAAUAUUGUGAUGCCACUCCCUUCUAUCAGACUCCUCUGUGACCCCCCUGGUCACUAUGUCUCUGUGUAAUGGCUCCUUGUCUGUCUGAAAUAAAUCCUAGAGGAGUGAGGAGAUAAGUUUAAAAGCUGAAGCAGCAGCUCCAGAAUCCAGUGGGUACUCGUCCCUAAUUAUCAUGUCACAUGAAUAUAUUAAAAGCUUUCAGCUAUAAGGUUAGUAACAAAGGAAUAAUUCAGAUUUCUCAGAAAUGUUCUCAUUCACAUAUUUUGACUUAGAUGAGAAAAUCAAUACCACUGUCAUGAAUGUUUCUGAACUUGUGCUUCCUUCGAGGGAACAUUUUGCAACUGGCCAAGAAAUAGUCUGACACAUAAACCCCCAUUAAACUUAACUGUGAAACAAAA